AUGGCGGACUACCCUGUCUACAGGCGCGCCCUGUGGUCAAUGAAGGAAAAUUACGAGAAUAAAAACAUAGACACAAAAUUUUGUAUAGUUAAACCAGACAGCCUGUGCAAACUGUAUGAGAUGGAUGAGAACCACGAGCGACGCAUGUGGCUUGACAAACUGCUGCAGUUCAUGGAGGAGCGUGGAACACCUAUCUCAGCAUGUCCCACCAUCUCCAAGAAUCCUCUCGAUCUCUGUCGGUUGUAUGCUUACGUCAAGGAAAGAGGGGGCUUCAUGGAGGUCACAAAAAACAAAACCUGGAAAGACAUUGCAGGGCUUUUAGGCAUCGGAGCAUCUUCAAGUGCUGCAUAUACACUUCGGAAGCAUUACACGAAAAACCUUUUGGCCUUCGAAUGUCACUUUGACCGUGGAGGUAUAGACCCACAACCAAUUAUAAAUCAAGUGGAAUCUACUUCGAAGAAGAAGAUGACCAAGACAUCAUCAGUUCCAUCUCCAGGAAUUCAGCAAGGCUAUCAAGGCCAGUCCGGGUACUCUCAGUAUCCGGAUCAGUAUCCCCAUAGUCAUGGACAACCAACGAAUAUGGGGCAGGAAUUCAAUCAGCAGUACUCUCCCAGCAGCUCAUGUCCACCUGCUCGGCCUAUGUAUCCUCCCUACGCUUCUGAGGCUGAAAGGAGUUAUGGACAAGGUAGUGGGACGCAGCAGUCGGCUGGUGGUCAAGAUCCCUUUGGACACAACCGGUACGGGGGGCCCAGCCAGCCACCUGGCUAUCCUUCACGUACUGGCUAUCCUGCUCCACCUACGGGACCACCAGCACAGCAACCCACAGGGUAUCCACCACAGCAAGACUAUUACCGUCAAGAUCCGGUAUAUUCUGGUCAACAAGCAGCUACUGCAACUGGCCCAGGUGGUCAGAUGUAUCCUGGAAGCCCUCAUAGUAAAUCAAUGCCACCUCCAGCUCCACAGACCCCUAGAAGGCAUCCAGAUUUUGCAAAAGACCCACAGCAGUCUCCCUAUCCACCAUAUAGUCAACAAAGGCCUUCUAUAUAUGGCUGGAGUAGUGGUAACACUCAGUAUCGGGCACAGUACCCUCCACAAGGACCUGCUCCACAAGGGCCUCCACAGUGGAACCAAAAUGCUCAACGAGCUGGUGGUCCUGUGCCUGGUCAGCCAGCUAACAGCAAGUGGGACCAGCACCGCUACCAAGCUAGUGGACAGUCACCGUAUCAGCCUCCACAACAGGCGCAGCCGCCUGGGAUGAAUAAUGCGCAGGUCUACCAACAACAGAGUGCCCCAAAGCGAGAGAUCGUUUUCCCUUCAGAAAGUGUGGAAGCAACAUUGCCUGUUUUGUAUAAACGCAAGCGAAUGACACGAGGGGAUGUAGCACCUGUAGAAGCAUGGAGGCUUAUGAUGAGUCUGUGCUCUGGCCUACUGGCAGAGAGUGCUUGGGCUCUGGAUAUUCUCAACAUCCUUUUGUUUGAUGCUACCACAGUUGCAUAUUUUGGACUAGCCCACAUGCCAGGACUCCUUGAUGUGCUGUUGGAGCAUCUCAGACGCAGUUUAGCUGACAUGUUUGACUCGCCUCUUCCAGAUUCUGGGAAGAAGUGGUUCCAGGCACCAAAGGUGGAAACACCGGAAGUGGACCUAGGGCAAGUUAGAGUGCCAGUUGAUCCUGCAGAUCACAUCACAUUAAUGAAAUCGACACCAAAUUAUACUCUUGUGACUAGAAAGGGUGAGGUAGUUCGAAUUGUGAACAAAGAUAAUGAGAUUUUUGUUGUGGAUAAUCGGAAGAGCUGGGACAUUGAAGGUGACUUGGCAGAAAACGAUGAUGUGGUUCAAGACCCGUGGCAGUUGACCUCUUCAGACAUCAGUUCGACGAAGUACAUUGUGUCAUGUUUCCAAGGAGAGUUUGGUAAUGUUCCAUUUGCGAGACUGCUCGAUGACAGUAGAACUGUAGGUGCCGAAGAGGAAGAAGAUUGUCGGACAAAAGUAAGUGAAGAAGAAUCGUAUCCCAUUGAAAACUUGAGUGUAACUCCUCCUAUAGUGCUAAAAGUGGAAUGUAGUGAUGACAACGGUGUUAUUGAUAGUGCGAGCAGUGCAUCUAAUGUGAUACUUAAUGAGGAACAUUUGAGUAAAGACAGCUCCUUCGUAGAUGUGCAGGAUAGUGAUGAAGUGAAACGGACUAAAACUAUUUUGAGUGAUGUGUUUUUGUGGAUAAAAACGGAAAAUACGGAAGAAAAUUCAUUGCUGCCUGAACACUGCGUAGACCCCUUAGAGCCUCCUAAAGAAACUGUAGAAGUGAAAAAGGAAGCAAACUGUGUCGAAAGUGAGAGCAGUAGUAAUAAUGAAAGGGAGUUGCCGCAUUCUCCAAAUGUACCAAAGGAUAUUGAAACAAAGAGUGAUAAUGCUGUAUCAGAAACUAGUGACACAAAUAAUUUUAGCAGCAGUAACAUAAAAACAGAACAUACAAACAACGGCAAUAGUUCUAAUAGCAAUGAGAGUAGUAUAUUCAACAUAAGCAAAGGUGAUAACUGUAACAGCACAACACCGAAUGAAUCCAGUUGCGAUUAUAAGAUCAAAGAAGGUGUUGAAAGUGAAAUUAUUGCCAGUGAAGAAAACAGUGAAGGUAAUGAAAGUGCUGGAAAUGCUGUUGAAGGAACUAGCCUUAACAAUUGCGAAUGUUUAGAAAGCAAUGAAAGUAGUAAUGGCAACAACAGUUGUGACGAAACUGUAAAAGAACACGAAGAAACGGAAACAGAAAUGGAACAAGAUGUGUUCCUCGAAGGUUCUGAACAUGAAGGAAAAGACAUAAAAAUGGAAGAUGACUAUGGUGACGAAAUUGAAGAAAAGUCAAAAGUAACAGAUGUGAGACCAGAGAUAAAGGGAGAAAACAGGGGCGGCAUACAAAUAAGGGAUCCUGCGGGAACGUUGAAAAGAAGACGUAUGUCAGAUUAUGAAGACGAAUGUUACGCGAGAGAUGAAGCGAGCCUUUACCUUGUUACUGAUACACAGGAUGCAAAGGCAAGGCGUUGUGUUUGUCUUUCAAAUAUUUUGAGGAAUCUGUCAUUUGUCCCGGGCAAUGAAGCAGAGUUUGCCAAAAAUGUUACAUUCCUUAGUUUGUUGGGGAAGCUUUUACUCUUACACCACGAACAUCCUCCUCGUGCACAGAAACAGCGGAAUUAUGACCGUGAAGAAGAUGCUGACUUUGCAGAUUCUUGUAGCAGUUUACAAGGUGAGGCGGAAUGGUGGUGGGACUUCUUGCACCAUGUGCGCGAAAAUGUGUUGGUGACAGCAGCUAACAUUGCCGGUCAUAUGGACCUCGGUCAACAUCCUGAGGAAGUGUCGCGGCCCGUAAUUGAUGGACUUCUUCACUGGGCAGUUUGUCCAGCUGCUCAUGGGCAAGACCCAUUUCCAGUAUCUUCAGGCUCGUUGUCACCCCAGCGCCUCGCACUGGAAGCUCUGUGCAAAUUGUGCGUAACGGACUCUAAUGUAGAUCUGGUUGUAGCUACGCCACCCUACUCCCGUUUGGAACGUCUGUGUGCUGUGCUGACACGACUUCUGUGCCGUUCAGAAGGGCAAGUGCUACGAGAGUUUGCAGUGAAUAUGCUGCACUACCUGGCCGCUGCGGACAGUGGUGUGGCACGUACUGUUGCACUGCAGAGCCCGUGUGUGUCCUUGCUAGUAGCAUUCAUCGAGCAGGCGGAAGCUACUGCAUUAGGGAUAGCCUAUCAGCACGGUAUCGGUGCACUUAGAGACAAUCCAGAUGCUAUGGGAACCAGUCUGGAUAUGCUGAGGCGUGCGGCUGGUACAUUACUUCAUCUGGCACGACAUCCUGAAAACCGGCCGCUCUUCCUGCAGCAAGAACAGCGUCUGUUAUCCCUCGUCAUGAGCCAGAUCCUCGAUCAGCAAGUGGCAGCUGUAAUCUCCAGUGUUCUUUUCCAGUGCUCACGGCCCUCUUCGUAGCAUGCACAGCAGUUGUAGACAACUAAGUGGUGAAA